UUGGAAAGUCAGUGGUGAUACAAGGGAGUGUGCUCUGCAGAAAGAGCCGAAGGGAAAGUGGUGUAAAAUGUCGGAAGCUAAUGCUGUUGCAAACAAGACAACUGUAUCUAACGGUGAUUACAUCUGGCGCUAUGAGUAUUAUGAUGAUGAGCCAGUUUCCUUUGAAGGACUGAAAGCACACAAGUAUUCCAUUGUGAUUGGAUUUUGGGUAGGCUUGGCCGUGUUUGUCAUUUUCAUGUUUUUUGUUUUGACGCUGCUGACAAAGACAGGAGCACCACAUCAAGACAGGAAUGUGGACCUUUCUACAAAACAACGCAGAACAAACAGCUUUGCUAUCAAUUAUAUCAUGUCCAGAUCAGAUAAAGCCUUUUCCCGUUCGGAAAAUGAAGAAUCCAGGUCUCUCUUUCAUUACUAUGUUAAUGAGGUUAUACAAAUGGAAAGGCAACAAUUUGUAAACAAAGUGCCUGGACCAGGGAACAGUGACCUUACCCCACGAGAAAGGGGGGAGAGAAGUGACAAUUCAGAUGAUCCCAUGUUCUGUCCGAGCAAGUUCAACAUUCCAAAUUUUGUGAGCUCUGAUCAAAGCUCCUCCCUGACAGAAGAUGAUCUACUGAUGUGUGAGCAACCAAUCGUUCUUGAAAAUAAGUCAGAUAGAUUGCAGGAAAUACAUCACAUUUCUGACUAAUUCUUGAAUGAACACAAACUGGGGGCAAGUUCAUUUGCGAUCAGAAAUAGCAAUCAUCAAUCGGAACUAACCUAAUUAUUGAAAUAUAAAUGCUUAUUUGAAUUUUUUCAGUAUUGCUUUCAUAUAGGCUUGUGAUGCUGCCUGGUGGACAGUCACCUUCCCAAGUAUCCCUGAAUAAAUUAGGU